GGGCUCGGGUAUCUGCGGUCGCCCUCGCUCCGGAAAUAUCCGAGUCGGCGUCGGGGCCGCUGACGGAGACUCACGAGGUUGGCCCGAACGUGACGUGGGCAGAGUUCGCCGCCAGCCCAGCCGAAACCGAUGACGAGCACACACAAAAUGAAGUCGGCGGCCGUGAUGAUGCUGACAUUUUAACCCAAUAAAGCCGCCUGAUGGUGGAGCGGGCGGGUGGGGACGCCACGCUCGGAGUUGGAGGCGGGAGAUGACAGCUUUCGUUACUCAUCCAUCAGUGAGGGUGAAAGGAACAGAACAUAACUACAAUCCAGUUCUCUGCCAGGAUGAGAAAUGUUCCGCUAAUUCCAAAGGUAGCCACAUGCACUGCCCCUUUUGUAGUGUGACCGAAGCCUACCAGGACCCUGUCAUCUUGAGAGCACAUUACAGAGUUAAACAUGUUGAUAAAGGGCUUGAUUUUGCAGGCUUAAAGAUUCUACGUUGUUGCAACCACUGUGACAUUAUUGGAACGAUUAAAGGAGAAAAGAAAUUCAAGGGUGCGCACUGGCAUUGUUACCGCUGCCGAAACGGUUUCAACAGACGUGAUGAGGCCGUCAAGCAUUAUAAAACUCAUUUCCGCAAUCCUCAUACCACCUUCCAAAUUCAAGUUACACAGGAGGUGAAUAGUCGACAGUAUUAUGAACAGAGUGCAGAAGCUCACCAUAAAGCUUAUGGAGGCACCCAGGUUACCUCUGGUGGGACAGUGAACAUCUCAUCAGUUAGUCCUGUUAUUACAGAGAAUGUCAUUAGCACAUCAGCCACCACCCUUGCCACUGAGAACAACGAUAAUAGUGGGCAAGCUGGAAAGGAUAGCAGGUUGACCAAUGGCAUUUCUCCUGCAGAAGAUACGUUGGGCUCAACAUCAACUGUGGGGCAUCAAACUCUGGUGCUUAUGGAUCCUGAUGGAGAAAAUGGAGAGCUUGUGUAUAAUGACAACACAAGUCUAAUUACUGAUCAGGACGGUCAAGCGUUGGAUCAGAGCCUGCUAAUGGAGAAGCAAGUAUUGGAACUGCACCAGCAGAAUCAGCAGCUACGGGUAGAAAAAGCAGAAAAUGAGCGCAGACUACAAAUGGAAGUACAGCAACUGAAGGACCAGAUUGCAGAUCUCAUGGAGGCCAAUUGGCAAAUGGCAGAAGAAUUAAAGCAUUAUAAAUGUUCUGAAGACAUUGAGAACAAAAUAAAUCAAAUGAUUGAACAGAUGGAGAUGCAGCACAGGGAACUCCUUCAGGUGCAGUUGCAGCUUCUACGGAAGGAAUACAGCAAGCUAAAGCAUCAAGCCAACGGAAGCCCCGUUUCUAGUCGGGACUCUACGGAUGACUGCAGUGAUGGAACAACGCGAGUAUUAGUGGGAACUCCCAGGAGCCAUAGCUUUAGUCUGACCAUGCCCACCAACAUAGUGACUUCAGCACAGGAAAUUAUAGCCUCCGAACAUGAGAUUAUGACAACCUCGCAGGAAGAAAUUGAAGGAUCUGAAGUGGGCCUCGGUUCAAGAGAUGUCAUAUCUUUCAUCGAGCCGAGUGAUAAUUCAUCAAAUGGGUCGGCAGGGUUGACAACACUUGAAAUCGUGGAGGUCCAUUUAGACAGUGAGUCAACCAUAUCAAAUAUUGAGUCUCCUUCCCCCACUCAUGUACAUUUAUAUCCAGUUACACAAGUCAGUGAUCAAAUAGAACUUUCCACCAGCAAACGGGUUUCUGAAGAGGAUUCGGAAGAAGAAAGUCAACCAAAAAUCCAGAGAACUAUUUAACACAGGAUACAACCAAGACUAUAACAUAGUAUCUAUUUUGUAUCUAAAUAUAUGCCUUAUUUUUAAUCCAUAUUUUCAAUGAAUAAUUUAUUUUCAGAAUAUUUAAUUGUUAGAUCCAUUCUAAUUUCAGUGUGCUGUUAAGUGCAUUGCAGGUGACUUAUGAACUUUAACAUUUUCAGAUGUCAUCGAGGUAUUAUACAAUCUCCUUCUGCAUUAGAAGAUCUUCAGGCAAUGUCUUUUAAAGUUAAAGUUAAAAGAGCAAGCAUUUUGGCAUUGCUUGAUCUUUCCCCCCCAAAAAAAUAGACAGCAGCACUACAACAUAUAUAACAGAAAAAUAAUUGGGAACUCGGAAAAUAAAAUGAACAUUUCUGGCAAUUAAUUUAAGGCCUUUUAGACAAGUUAUAAAAUUAUAAUAGUGCAUCUUAAAGUUAUAGCCAUUAGCAGUUAUGAUCAGACACUACAUCUACAUUGAUUUUUUUUCCGAAUCAAGCCAUUGGCACUUUAUAGUCAGUUAGCAAGCUUGACCUUCACAUUGCCAAUGUAUUUAUUGUCCUUUGACAACUGCUUGUGCAAACACUGAUUGACAUCUGCUAUGCAACAAGAUGACGAAUGGACAAGGAACAAGAAAAUAAAAUCACAUUGGAGCAAUGUUUUCAUGUUAGUGUAGGUGAUGUUAAAAUAAACUCAAAAUUAAAGGCAAGUAUUUCCCCUUCUAGGUAAUGCCAAUAGUCUUUUACUCUACUUUUUAUUUUUGGAGUAAUCCUGAUUUUGCAGCAAGAUGCAUUGCCUCUCAAUCACCCUAUUUUUUCAGCACCAUUCAGUGCACAACCUACCACUCCACCCACAUAUCCUUCAGAUACUACUUAAUACAAACUCCUUUCAGGUGCCGAGUGUGAGGGGUGGAAAUUUGAUUCAAAAGGGUUGGUAUACUUGGUCUGUGCAAUAUUUUAUGGGGGAAAUGAAGAGAGCAUUUGCAGUAAGGAGAUCAGUCACCUUGGCCGAAUGCAUCCACCCCAUUCAUACUAUCAAAGGUGAAGUAUUACAGGGGUCUUUAGAUGCUGUUGAUGUUUUCAGAAGAUUGCUACUCAAUACAAUUCAUCAUCUUGAAGCUGUUCUGUAUUGAAUAGCUGAAUGUAAUUGUUUACGUGUGGCUAAAUUGAUAACUUUUAAUCAAACUGAAUUUCCAAAUUGGCAAUGUUUGAUCCAAAAACAAGUACAUUUAUUUUUUUAAUUUCCAGAGCAAUUUUAAGGCUUAAGAUUGUUUUGCAUAUUUUGUUCCUUGCUCAGUGCCAUGAGGGGAAUGUGCUCCACACAAGAUGUCUUCUCACUGUGACAUAUUACGUAACAUGUACUUUAAGUAAUGAAAUAUCUGCCCAGUGAUUUGCCUGUCUUACCCUUUCCCCGAAAGUUUGUUUCCACUGAUAUUAAUGAAAUGCUGAAUUUAUAUUUUUACUUAAGCUACAUUUUUCUAAUUAAAUACAUAUCUAUAACUUCAGCAAUCUAGUAUAUUCCUUGAUCGCACUUUUCUUUUGAACACAAAUGUCUCUAUAUUUUGUUCUAUAGUUAAGUAAUAUGACAUUGUUGACAUAAACUGGAACAAUGAGCAAGCAUUCCCUGCCCAGUAAACAGCAUUAGAGUGAAAAAUGCUUCAGUUAAAUGUUCUCAAGAAUAGGAAUUGAUAUCAGCUUUAGCAGAAAUGUAGCCUCAAUUAUUAUAUUUUUCAAAUCAGAUUUUUUUAAGCCUAAAAAUUCCACUCCUUCCCCAACUACAAUAAGAAGGCUUGAAACUGGAAAGGUCGAUUGUCCAUUCCCUCCACGGAUGUUGUCUGAUUUGUUGUAUUACUCCACACUUUGUAUUUUCAUCAAGAUUCCGACACUGCAGUUUCUUGUGUCUCUCUUAUUUUUUGUUCUUUGGUUAAAGUUCAAGAAUUUUAUACGAAGCAUCAUAGGAGACUAUGACUAUGAUCAUGGAGUGCAUCAGCCUGAGGAGGAUUACUUUCUUGCCAGCACUCCUUGUAUCCAAAAAUUGAAAUGAAAGCAAUUUGCAUGUAGUUAUCAGUCAUAGUUUUGCGAUUGUGCCUCUAAUUUGGAAGGUAGUUCGCAGAAUCAUUUUUAAAACCACAUUUGUCAACCAUGUGAAUCUCAUACUCUAAUUUGACAAAUGUUAGUGAACCGCAUUGUAAUAGUGUUUUACAUAUAAUUCCAUUCACAAUCGAGCCGUGUGUCCCAGAUCAAAGUAUCACCAAUUAUCUUAAUAAGAACUAUAAUAGCAUCAAUGCAUUGUCCACAAGAUCCCUUCCAAUUCCCUAAGUUCAUAGCUUAAAGGAGUAGAAUUGGGUAAUUUGGCGCAUCAAGUCUACUCCCCCUUUCUUGGCUGAUCUAUCUUUCCCUCUCAACCCCAUUCUCCUCCCCAUAACCCCUGGCACUCUUAGCAGUUUAAAAAAAAAAAUAGCACUUUUUGCAGUUAAACCAAUU